GCAGGCAGUCAUGAGAAUCUCCACGUCCAUCAGUUUCUCAGUUCUUGGUCUUUCAGCACUGUGGCUGAUGGAGAACUCGCUGGCUGUUAACAUCACUGGAUCUGAGGGAAGCAACAUCUCAGUCAGCUGCAGCUAUCCUGAAACCUAUGAGAACAACAGCAAGUACUUCUGCCAGAUGAGUGGCUCAUUUGCUCCAGGAGAUCUUCAGUGUGUUCACACCACCCAACCAGAGACGAGGUCUGAACGAGGGAGAGUCGCUCUUCUGGAUGACACCAGUGCUCAUCUUCUUUCAGCAAACAUCUCUAGACUGGCUCCAGAAGACUCGGGAAAGUACUGGUGUGGUGUGGAUAUCGCUCUGCUGCCAGAUUUCACCACAGAGAUCUGGAUAACAGUCACCAAAGAACAUCCACAAGAGCAAACCACAGACCUGUUCCCGGAAGAGCCUGGCGAGUCUUACUCGAGGUUCAUGAUGAUGGUGGCUUUGAUGUGUGUUGGCGCCCUGUUUUUCGUGUGUCUGUUCGGCCUGUUACAAGUCCUCAAGCACAACAGCCGCAGCAAUUCAAGUUCUGUUCUCCACCGCACCAGAACUAUAUCAAACCCAGUGCCGGAUGGCCACCAGAGAACACACCGUGACCUUCCAGACUUACCCAAAGUUCAAAGUGAAAGAGAGGAACUUUAUAGACCCACAAACCCAGAUUAUACAAACACAGAACCGGCUGACUACAUUGAUGUUGUUUCAGCACAAACAAAAGAUCAGAUCUACACAGAACUGGACAGCAAUAGACAGAGUCAAGUGUAUCAGAGUCUCACAGCUGAUUCUCUUCAAGAGUCGAUCUAUCACACUAUUGAUCAGACGAGAGACUGAACACCGAAUCCUCAGCCAAUCAGAAUCCUAGUUUCUGACAGCUACAAACAUCCAGACGUCAUGUGUUGCUUUCACAAA